UAGUCUCUCUCUUUCUCUCUCAGUGCCGGCGGUGUUGUGCCUGAAGAUGUGGAGAGUUCCAUGCCCCAAAACGAUAUAGGUGAGUCCGCGCGGUGUAGAGAACUUCACCCUCCCUCCUCCUCCCUCCCUCCCUCCCUCCCUCCCUCCCUCGCCCUCUCUCAGCAUAUUGUGUGUGAAGAGGUGGAGAAUUCCGUUCACACUCGGUGUAAAAACCAGAUAUUUUGAUUCGCUCGGCGUGCGCAAAGCUCUCUCUCUCUCUCUCUCUCUCUCUCUCUCUCUCCACAUCCAGGUUUAGGGCUGCAACUCCCGUUUGUGUGGGUGUGUCAUGUCGCAAGUGGGACAUGCUUUCUGCACCGCCGCUAUCGGAAGGAGUAGGUGAGAAUCAUGUCGUGAAUGCGGAGAGGCAGGGGAAGAAAAAGGGGAAGUGAAGAGCCUGGUCAGGGAGGCAGGAGAAGGUCGGCAUCGAAAUCUUGAGACGGUGGAGGUCGUGAGCUUGGUGCUACGUGAACUUUCCUCCGUGCUACUUGAACUUCGAGUGGCUUACUGCAAUGUGUGCUUAAGGCAUUGUCCACUUUUGUGGAACUUGGACGGCUAGGCUACAUCGUGACCGAAGGCUUGGGCGCGUUGUUGGUUGAUCGUUGUCGGCUGGAGAGGUUUCGCUGACGUGGCGAAGUCAACUCUCUCGAGAAGGAGAUCAAGCUGAAGCUAAACUUUCCGGCGGCUGCCACUCGGAGGAGCGAGAUUGCAGAUUUGUAGUGAGAGCGAGAUUCGCUUCGCUUUGUAUAGAUUGGCUUGUCCAUCUUUGCUGGCGACACUUCCAUCGUCCCAGGAAUGAUUGUAUUGCCGCGCCCCGAUGGGAUGGGAUCUUUGCUGUUGGCGCUGCGGCUACUAUAUUCCUUAUGAAGAGGAGAAUGAUGAUGAUGAUGAUGAAGACGAUGAAGAUUAUGACGAUAUCAUCUUGGAUGGGGAUGAGGAAGAUGAGUCCAUGGACGACGAAGAUGAGAUUGGCGAGUCAGAGGAGGACGAUGAUAGCCAAACUGAUGAUGAUGAUGAUGAUGAUGACAUGGUGCCGGAACUUGCACGACCGGCGAAAUCAAGUGUUGUGAUUUGUGAGCUGGAUGAGGGGGAAGGCGGCGAUGGAGAUGUGAGUGAAGCGUUAGGGAAAAGGAGGAGCAGCUUGAACACCAGCAGGGAAAUGGAUACGGGUGCUGAGGAAGAAGAGGAAGAAGAUGAGGAUGGCUUUGUGAAAUCAAGAAAGAGACAUGCAAAGAACAGGACACAGAAGGAAGGCCCGCCAGAAAAGAAGGCGGCGCUAUCUGUCGAUGAUGCGAAGCCUUCACCUUUCCCUACAGCUGGUGGAAAGGCCUCUGACGAUGGUCAGGCAAAGAAGGAAGAAGUAGAUGACAAAGCAGGGAAGAAGAAGAAAAACAAGAAGAAAAACAAGAAUAAGCAGCAGGGUGCGUUGCCAGCAGCCGAAGGGCAAUCAGAAGCGAAGGGGGGGGAAACUACUACAACCGGUCAAGAUCAAGUCGUGACGAAGAAAGAUCAAGUCGUGACGAAGAAAGAUAAUACUAAUAGUCAGCAGAAGGGCAAGUCCAGUGAGGCAAAGGCGGCGGGCGGCCAGAAGCAUCAAAAGUCAUCGGCAGAGACGACAGCUGCUACUACGCAAAACACGAGCGCUGUGGAAACCAAGCCGUCGAUCAAAUCGGAGGCAUCGUUGGUGGUGAGGCAGUUCCCGAACGGUUUGGAAGUGAGGGAGCUGAAGAUGGGAAAGCCGGAUGGCAAACUUGCCAAGCCUGGGAAGACGGUGCUUGUAAACUACAUAGGGAAGCUUCCAAAUGGGAAGGUAUUUGAUUCUACGGUAGGAAAGAGACCGUUUGCAUUCCGACUCGGCGUUGGACAAGUAGUUAAGGGCUGGGAUAUAGGUGUGAAUGGCAUGAGAGUGGGUGAUAAGAGGCAACUAAGGGUGCCGCCAUCUUUAGGGUACGGUUCUCAAGGUGUGAAGGGGGUCAUUCCUCCCAACUCCACUCUGGUGUUCGAUGUGGAGCUAGUGGAAGUGAAGAAGUAAAAUAUGAACAUGUGUGACCUUUAGGCAGAGAUCUUUACAAAGAUUUUUUUUGUCGGCGGACACGACAGACGUGUGGGCUCCCUUCCCAGUUUCGGGAUUUUGUUCACUCUCUCUCCCUCUCUCUCCUGUGCUCCCUCUCUCUCCCUCUCUCUCUCUCUUCUCUCUCGCCCCCUUCCUCGCUCUCUCUGCUUCUGUGCCUGCCAUAAGUUUUUCCGUGCAGCCAGCAAGCCGGUAUGCCGGGCUAUAUGUCCAUGUGCCCUCCCGCCUGCCCAGCUCGCGCCCUACCCUCUUCUCUCGAAUACAUUGUACGAGCGUUAUAGCUGAAUUAGGGGUAUUUUUCAGUCGACAUACGGCUAUAAUGGCCCCUCGUAGUAUUGGGGGAAGACCGUAGCGCUCACCCGCCACCCACUGUCCUGCUUGUCCGCCGACCCGCGUACCCAGCUUCCCGUGCGACCGCCUGCCUGCCUGGUUCAGUUUUCUCAGAGGGGUUGCUUGCACUUCCAUUUGGCUCUCUGCUGCUGGUAGUUCAAGCCGAGGCGAUUUGCUACUGUUCCUUCUUUUUUUUGUUGACUUUUUGCUUCUGUUUUGGCGUGAAGUUGUCAACGUGUUAUAGCUAUUGCUUCCGCACAGGCACCAACGAUAAUGAGAAAAGCUGCUACGAUUUGAUUCAGCUAAUUUAUGAAGAUCAACUCUUUUUUUUCCUAGCAAAUCCUUGUUUUUUCGGAGCAUCCUGUAUUUCAGCAGAUAAAGAUUGAUCUAAACU